UGACAAUCUCUCCUUUUUCUCUCUCUAAAGUUUCCCUCUUUUUCUCGCUCUAACCUUUUUUUUUUGAGUUGGGUCUUUUUUCCCAUUUCCAGAUUUCGAUCACUGACCCAACUCACAAAGUCUCAAUCUUUCAAUCCCCUGCAACUUCAUAUUGCUUCCAUCUCUUAUCAAAUUCUCAGUUGAUGUCAGCACUUCAUGUCUUCUUGUUGAUGUCACUGGUUGGAUUUCUGAGACUUAGGUUGCUUCAAGGCUUCUGAAGGAAGAUACAUCUGCAAAAGUCAUUCAUGAAUAGUUGGCUCCAUCUGUUCUAUGAGUUCGCGGAAUAUUUUUUACGGCUAAUGGGCUCUUUGUGAAUUUGAUUCUUGACGAUUGUGAGGGACAAUUUCGACAGUGGGAGAAAUGGGUAGUGAAGUGUUGGAGACGAUUACUAAAAUGAGGAAACUAUUGAAAUCUGCUACAGUAAGAUGUUAUAGAUCAGUUUCCUGUCAUCCAUUUCUUGUUGGUGUGCUGUUCUUUUUAGUGUUUUUGUAUCGAUCAUCUCCGUUUGUGUUUUCUCUAUUGGUAUCUGCCUUCCCUGUUCUCAUAUCCACUGCUGUGUUGCUUGGGACGCUUUUGAGUUUUGGGCAACCGAACAUACCUGAAAUUGAUAUAGAUGAAAAGAACACCCACAGCAUUGAUACUUUGAAAACUGGGGUAUCAGGAGAUACGGUUGUUACUCGCAAUAAUGAGAUCUAUACUGUAGAAAAGUUUAAUGAGUCAACUGGAGGUCUAGUGGAACAGUUAAAUGGUGUUGCAGUAUCAAUUGCUAGUAGGUCCAUUGAGCUUCAUAGGGCUGAUAGUAUUGAUUCCAAUGUCCCACUUGUUGAGGAAUUUCCUCGGGGUUCAGAACCCAAUGAUGAGGUAGUUGCCGAAGCAACAAAGAAUCAUGUCAGUGGAUGGACACAGAAAACUGAUGUCAACAAUGAGAGACUUGGUGAUGAAGGUGAUGCUAGGACUGACGAUGAGGAUCUUAAUGACAGAUCACCAGCUGAAUCAUUUGAUUCGGAAAUGGUUAAUGUGGAUUCUCUAGAUUCCCCUCCUGACUCACCUUGGAAACACAUGAAAGAAGAAUACCAAGAAGAAGAAGAUGCGGAAGAUGACGAGGAUAUGGAUUCUGGGUCUGAUCGGGCUGAAAGUUCCUCUCCUGAUGCUUCCAUGGCUGACAUUAUGCCCAUGCUUGAUGAACUCCACCCUCUUUUAGAUGAGGAUACUCCCCAUCCUGCCCCACUGUCACAUGACGGCUCUGAUGCUGCUUCAGAAGGUUCUCUCGAAUCCACUGACAGUAGUAGUGAUUCAGAUGAUAACCUUGGAAAGGAUGAACUGUUGGAAGUUGCUGACGAAGAUAUUGAAGAUGCUGAUGAUGAGGAUGAAGGGCAAGGUCCCCUAGAAGGCGAGACAAAAUCUGCUAUUACAUGGACGGAAGAGGAUCAAAAGAAUCUCAUGGAUCUGGGAACCUCAGAACUUGAACGGAAUCAGCGGUUGGAGAGCCUUAUAGCUAGAAGGAGGGCACGAAAAACCAUGAACAUUAUGGCUGAAAGGAAUCUGAUAGACUUGGAUAGCGCUGAACUUCCUUUCAGCAUUGCUCCAAUUUCGACUGCAAGGAACAAUCCGUUUGACCUUCCCCAUGAUUCCUAUGAUGAUAUGGGACUGCCUCCAAUACCUGGCUCUGCUCCAUCUAUUUUACUAGCCAGGAGAAAUCCUUUUGAUCUACCAUAUGACUCCAGUGAAGAAAAACCUGAUCUUUUGGGAGACAAUUUCCACCAAGAGUUUACAGGAGCUCCACCAAGAGAGCCUUUUUUCCGAAGGCAUGAAAGUUUUAACAUAGGGCCCUCAUUUUUUGCACCUAGCAGGCAACAGGAUGGUAGGUUGAGACCUUACUUUGUUGCAGAAAAGAUGGACUCAGAAGGAAUAGGCUAUUCAUCAUUUCAACGACAAUCUAGUGGACUUAGUGACUCCAAGGCAAGUUCUCUUCCUGAAUCAGAGUCGGCAGCUUCGGCUGGAGAUAAUGAAGAGAAGCACCGUUUUGAAGGAAAUAGUCCUCUCUUGGAUGAGCCUCUGAAUUCUUUUCCGGAGGUAGAGCUUAGGGAAACUGCUGGAGAUCUAAAUUAUGGGAAUGCCUCUGAAGAAGAUAUAGAUCAUGAAUUGAACACCAUCUCAAUGAAAGAUGAUACUGGUUCUAAUCCAGUUGAUAUUCCUCAAGAACAAGAGCUUAUUAGUGACAUAGAGCAUGUUUCAGAGCAUGUUGGACAUGGAAGUCAAACCUCUGAAGAAGCUGAUUCCUUGGAAUUGGGUGAAUUUGAGAAGAGGGAUGUUGAAUCAAAUGAGGAGGAAACUGAAUCGCAUCGAUUGGAAUGUGAUAAUGGAGCUGAAGCACCUUUGUUUAUGGAAGCAGAAAUUUCUGGUUCUAUGAACGUCACUGUAACUGAAACUAAUUUAAAUGAUGAAGCUACUAAGCAAGAUAUUCUUACUUCGAGCUCAUCGCCAUUAUCAGAAUUAAGUGAGAGAAUAUUUCCAGUGAGAGAAGGGGAAGAAUUGUCAUGUUUAGAAGAAACAAGAGAUCAUGCUGUCCAAGAUGCUAGCAUUGUUGCUGAUCUUUCACUUGAAGAGUCCAAUUACAGUAUCUCAAGUGAAAGUUCACAGAAGGAACCUAUUUAUGAUUCGAGCCCCACAGCGAAUAAGAAUAAGCUUUCUUUAUCAUCUUUAUCACCAGACUUACAAGAUGAAAUGGAAACUGAACCUAUACUGAUAAAGACAGCAGUCACUUCUGAGGAGGGUGAAUCGGGAUCUUGUGGGCAAGAUAUAAAGGGGAAUACUUCAGGUGAUGUUGAUGGGUCAGGGUUGGUAUUUCAUACAAUAGAUGCAAAUCAAUCUGGAUUUAUGUCGAUGGAGUCAAGUGACAACAAUAUAGCAAGAUUUAGUAAUUCAGGAGAUGAUCGAGUCUCUAACAGUGAAAUCAGGACAGUGGUGGCUGAUGAUAUGAUAUCUGACAUGCAUGAUAAAAGGGAGAUUCAGCCUAUGCUGAUAAAGACAACCGCUUCUGCUGAGGCUGAACUGGGAUCUUGCGGGCAAGAAAUGGAAGGGAAUUCUUCUGGUGAGUUGGAUGGGUCACGAUUGAUACUUCAUUCAAUUGAUGCAACUCAAUCUGGAUCUAUGUCUAUGGAGUCAAGUGACAGCACUACAGCGAGAUUUACCAGUUCAGGGGCUGAUGAAGUCUCUAACAGUCAAAGUGAAAAAUUAGCGGCUGAUGCUAUGUCAUCUGACUUGCAUGAUGAAAUGGAAUUUCAACCCAUACAGGAGGAAAAGCAUAUUCCUGUUCAGGAUAAAUCAGCUUCUGAAGAGAGUUCUGUAGCUGAAAAAGGUGAAGACUUGGUUUUCUUGGACAAGUCCGGAUGAAACAUCAUCUUCCGUGGAACAUCAGACUUCAGAGUCCAGGUUAGUAUUACUUGGAUGCCAGUGUCUUUUCCUUUGUAUUACAUCACUUGUAGUAUGUACAUCUGUCUAUUCAUUUCCAUACCUUUCUUUGAUCAGUUUUGCUUCUUCUCCUUCUUUUUUUAAAGGAAAAUUACCUUGCCACAGUGAUUGGUUGUCAUUGAUCAGUGUCACUUAUGUUGAAAUAAAGAAUAUGUGGAAUACAGGGGACAUAAAAGUGAUUUCUAGAUGUAGAAUGCAUUGAAUCUUUAUUAAGGGGACAUGAUCCAUAUAUUGAAAGUUCCUGAAUUGAGAUGGCGAUAUUAUUGAUGUAUUGUAGAUUGUUCAAUUCUCUGAGUUGCUUGGUGGCCUUGAUGCCAAACUGAACGUGCUAGUGACAAAGUAGAACGGUUAAUUUUUGAAUUACUGAAAAAUGUAUGUUACUCUUGUCACAACAUCUUGCAUUAGUACUUUACAGAUGUAUAUUAAUGUCCCUGAACAGAAACUUAAUCAUAAAAAACAAAACUUGGAACUAUUUGGGUGUGCUUGGGUUUACCACUUGUAUUUCAUUUUUACUUGCUUGGUUCAUAUCUUUGGAUCUGGGGCAUAGUGAAGGAAACCAAUGUCUUUUGGUGACCUCCAACCCCAACUUAUUUAAUGGGUUUGAGUAAUUGGACUACACAUCCUCCCCCAACAACCCCCACACCCCCACUCUCUCUCCCCUCCCCCCCUCUCUUUCCUUUUCUUUUUUCCAUGUUAUGCCCCUUCUAUUCCAUUUCCUUUCUUUUUUCUUUCUCCUUCACGUUAUCUUCCUACAUCACUUCUGUCUGUUUCUCACCGUCAUUACCACUUCAACUCUUCUUGAAUAAUCUGCCUUGUUUCUGGAACUUCAUUGUUAGGUCGUUCAAGAUGAAUUAACAUGUUUCAGUUGUCACCUUUUUGGCUUUAUCGUUUAUGUUAUCGUUCUCAUCUUGCGUUGUUUUUACAUUUAGUUUCUGUUCAUUUCACCUUAUGUCAGUGACCUGCAAUUCCAUCUGUAGUUGAAACUACCAAUCAAGUUUCUCUGCUUCUUUUUUUCUUCCAUGAAGAGCGAGAAUUGGUUUCUUUGACAUUUAGUUUUAGGCAUAAUUGGAAAGCAGUGGAACAUUCUUUCCAAUCAUUUUCCUCGGCUAUUCUCCCAAUGAAUGUAGUAACUAUAAGUGUUCUAGGGAUAGGUGUAUUGAUGUUCGAGAGUGAUUGUCCAAAGUAUAAGGUUUGCAUGUCUCUUGUUUCCCUCUACAUGCAUGUGUUUCAUGGCGCCUCAAAUUGACCUUUGUUCUAUGUUUUACUUUAGUGGUUUGACUUUUUCCCCCCCUGAUUUUGGUACAUGCAGAUUAUGACUUGAUUUUGAUGUGAUCCCUAAUCUUUGAAUGUCUUCUCGUUCAUUAUGAGUGGAGAAAGCUGUUUUGCAAUUUUAUUUUCUUUGCUUAUCACCUAUGUGAAUAAAAAGGUUCAUCAUCUUGUUCUGAUGUUUGGCGCAGUUUGUAAUGAGACAUUAAGUAAUGGUUGUAGGUAUUCGUUGAAUUUCCCAUUGAGAUUCAAUUGAGGAAAGAUGUGAAGUGAUCUGAUUGUGUUAUCGCUCAUUCCAAUUUGGUGACUCAAUUGUUCCUUGCACCAAAAUUUCAUUAGUGAGAUUGGAAGGAUUAAUGUGAAGUUGGACAUGAUAGAAUCUGAAAAUGACAAGCCUUUCCAUCUUCAGUUGAGGCUCCGUGUCUUUGUCUUUAUGUCUCAUGGAAUCAAACUUUUUAUAGUUACCAUUUCACGUUUUUGUUUCAGGCAGUGUCUAUACGAGUAUAAGAAACUGGCCUUUGUUUUGAGUAAAACAUUGUGUGCAGAUUGACAUUCUGCAUAAGGUUAUGUUCUAGAGUUUGGAAUGGGCAUGACCUUUAUUCAGAGCUAGCAUCAUUAAGAUAUUUUUUUCACUUCUAAUUUGCCUGAAUCAUUGGAACAAUAAUUGAUCAUGUUUUGGUAUUGGGACUUGAUUUUGCAUUUUCUUGAUUAUCUUUGUGGUCCGGUUAAUGUUUUUUAUCAUACGUAUUUCGCAGUUUGAAGAGCUAGUUCUUAAGGUGUCAUUAAGUUGUCCCAGCCAGUGUCUCGGUUUUAAAAUGUUAUUAAGUCGUCCCAGCCAUUGUCUCGCUUAAUGACUAUCUACCUUUCUUUUACCUCCAUAUUAUAUUAGGAGCUGCAGGUGGAGUCAGAGCUGAAGGGUCAGAUGCUGCAACGGAACAAUAUCCUGUCUCAAGGGCCAAUGUGGCCAUCAAGUUUUGUGUUUGAUUUCAUUUGAUUUGAUUUCAUUCGAUUUGAUUAUUGUUUUGAGUGCUUUGUGAAGAUGAGCUUGAGGAAUUCCAUCUCGGAACUAUGUACAAUAGACAGGAUUAGAACAUUGAAUUGGUGAGAUCUUUUUGUAUCUUAUGUAUCACAUUGCGGUUGAUCAUUUCUUACUCAUGUUCAAAACAUGAUGUACGAUGUAAAUUUUGGUUCACAUUUGAGUUUGACAUUGUGUAGUAUUACAUUCGAAGAAGAAAAAGAGAAUCAUGUGGUGGUUUGUAGAAGAGUUUCUAAUGUGAAAAACAUUUUUGAAGUUGUAGUGCAGUCAUUAUCUUUUGCAUUUACUUUAUGUAAUUUCUUUUACUCCACCU